UUGAGAGUUCCACUUUCGUUUUCGUUUAUUUGUGUAUGUCAACAAGCACUUCCUUCAUCAGAAGGUCAAAAUGGUUACCUACAAGCAAGAUAUGCCUCCAGAGGGAGGCUUUAAUCCAUACGAGUGGGCUGCUAGAAAACCUAAAAGGCUCUUUGGUGGCUAUACUCAGUUUGCACUUUUCGCUGGUUUUACUUCUAUUGCUUGGAUAUUCUACUUCAGAUGGAGAAACACUAAAAAAUUGAAUGAACUUGAGAUGAGGGAAUCUCGUGUAGCUAUUGAGCCCUUUCUUUUAGCUGAAAGAGAUAGAGCGAUACUCAAGCACUACAGAAAAAACAGAGAUGAAGAAAAUGAACUGAUGAAGAAUGUUGAGGGAUGGAAAACUGGUACUCUCUGGGGUGAACCAGUCUUCUACAACCCCCGUAACCGCUAUGUUAAACCUGCUUUAGAAGAGCUUCUUGCACAUAUGAGUUAUAGAGAGCAAGAAGACUUUAAAUAUGACAAACGUAAACGAUUUUGAAGUGUUGUGUGAAGAUUUGUCUUUAAUGAAUUCUCUAGUUAGUUUAAUUGACUGUUUGCACUCUUUUUUUUUUAAAGAAACUACAAUAGAAAAUAAUGAGAGAUAUUGUAUACAAUUAAUUAAUAAUAAUACACAAAUUAUAGAAAGAUUAAAGUUGACUUUAAUUUGUAUAGUGAUUGUGUGUAUUUAAAUGAAAGUGUAUUUUGUAAAAAUGAAGAGAAUAUUUCUUAUGAAUGGAUGGCUUGUAGUAACUGUUAAUUUUUGAAUAUUAAAAAAAUAAAAACAAUUUUCUUCUUUUUA